AUGGUGACUCGUACUAUUUACCUGCUGGUCAUCUUGGCUCAAGCCCUUGCAGGACCUUGUACUCCAAAUAAAGCAGAUGUAAUUCUAGUAUACUGCUAUCCUAAAACCAUCAUUACCAGGAUUCCAGAGUGUCCUUAUGGAUGGGAGGUUAAUCAGCUGGCACUUGGAGGCAUUUGCUACAAUGGGAUCCACGAUUCGGGAUAUUACCAAUUCACAAUCCCAGACCUGUCACCUAAAAACAAAUCAUACUGUGGGACACAGUCAGAGUUCAAGAACCCUGUUUAUCACUUCUACAACUCCAUUGUCUCCAAUGACACCUCAAUAAUUGUGAAGAGCCAGCCUGUGAAUUACUCAUUCACCUGCUCAUACAAUGCCAACUACCUGGUGAACCAGGCUGCCUUUGACCAAAGGGUGGCCACUGUCCACGUGAAGAAUGGCAGCUCUGGCUCAUUUGAGAGUCAGUUGUCCCUCAACUUCUAUGUGAAUGCCAAGUUUUCAAGCAUAAAAGAAGCCCCUUUCAUUGUUGAAACAUCAGAAAUUGGCUCUGACAUAUUUGCUGGAGUGGAAGCCAAGGGCUUAAGUGACAGAUUCAAAGUUGUUCUCAACAACUGCUGGGCAACUCCCUCCUCUGAGUAUUUCUACCAGAUCCACUGGCCUCUGAUCACCAAGGGGUGUGCCUCGGACAGCUCCAUCCUUGUGCAUGAGAACGGGAAAACGAACCGGGCGACAUUCCAGUUCAAUGCUUUCCGCUUCCGUAACAUCCCCAAGCUUUCCAAGGUCUGGCUGCACUGUGAGACACAUGUCUGUGACAGUGAGAAGUUCUCCUGCCCAGUGCUGUGUGACAAAAGAAAACAGCGCAUGGAACAAACUGGAGGUGUUUUAGUGGCAGAGAUCUCUGUACGCAGCAAAGGUUUAUCCAGAUUUUACACACACUCAGAUAUCAUCUUCCACCUACUCUUUGCAAUUGGAUUUUGUGCUGUUUUAUUAUAA